AUGCCUCGCAUCUUCCCCAAAUUGACGGCCACUGCCCUCCAGGCAACCACCUACCUCCUGGGAAUCGCCCUCUUCAGCAUCGCCUUCCUCGUCUUCCUCAACUCCAGCAUUUCCUUCGUCAUCACCGACAUCAUCGGCCGAAAGCAUGGCGUGGGAGAUGCCGCGGGCUCGCUGGGCUUCGCAGACGAACUGCUCGCCCUCGUCGCAUGCCCUGCAUGGGGCCUCAUUAGCGAUCGCGUUGGUGUGCGAUUUGUGGCGGUGUUCGGAUAUUGCGUAAUCGGCUUGAGUCUGAUCGGGCUGGUACAGGCGGAGAAUGUAUAUCCAGAGCUACUCGUGGCGCGGUUGAUGUUCAGUAUCGGCGGCGCUGCUUGUUCGACAAUGGUCACCGCCGUGCUGCCGGCGAUGAUUGCGGAGAAGACGGUGGUGGAGGAUGAUGGCCAGAAAGACGCCGUGGAGGACAAGACGGCCGGGGCCUCGCAGCUUGCCGGAUUCGUCGGACUCUUCACAGGCGCUGGCGCUCUCGUCGCGCUUGCUGUCUUCCUUCCAAUGCCUGCUUACUUCCAAGCACACGGCCAAUCCCAGGAACAAAGUCUACGCUACGCCUUCUACAUCGUCGCGGCCGUCGCGUUCUGCGUUGCAAUCUUCAUCUUCGUUGGACUGCGCAAUCUGCCUGGUGAGGAGGGCAAGAAGUUGUCUGCACUAUUCCAAACACCUUACAACGAAAGCUCGGCAAUCGAUCACGAGGGCCAUGUUCACAUCACCCUCACCCCCGCGCCAUCCUAUCUCUCCCUCAUCAAAGAUUCCGUCAAACUAGGAUUGACCGACUCGACCAUCUUCCUUGGGUAUCUAGGCGGCUUUGUAGCCCGCGCGUCCUCCGUGGCAAUCAGUCUCUUCAUCCCUCUCUUCGUCAAUGCUUACUUUCGCCGCCAUGGCCUGUGCAACUCGGAUGCAGAUAACAUCCCCGACAUCAAGAAGAACUGUGAGCGUGCAUACGGCCUCGCUUCAGCGCUGAGCGGCGUCGCCGAAACAGCGGCACUGAUAUGCGCCCCUCUCUUCGGCUGGCUCGGCGGACGAGCGGUGAAGGGCAGCAGCGAAUGGCCGCUUUCAGCAGCCGCGGCCAUCGGUGUCGGCGGCUAUGUCGCGUUCGGCCUCCUCCGCAACCCCGACGCCUUCCACGGCGAAGGCGGCGAGUGGGCCUUCCUAGCAGUCAUUCUGAUUGGCAUUAGCCAGAUUGGCUGCAUUGUCUGCUCCCUUGCCCUGCUCGGCCGCGGCAUCAACAAAGACGAACAAACCAACCGAGGAGACGACGCAGCUGCCAAGCACCACUCUAUCCCUAGCGCAGUAGGGCCAUCGACAAUCCUGACGCCCGAAAUCACAACCCCCACCGAACCGCCGGAGGAUGCACCGCUGCUAUGGAACACAGUGGCCAAGCACAAACGCCCCGAGGGCAAGAUCGAUCGCUCGCGCCUCAAGGGUUCCAUAGCCGGCGUGUACAGCUUCGCAGGGGGAGCAGGCAUCCUCCUGCUGACGAAGCUCGGCGGCGCCCUCUUCGACUCCUGGACCCCAGGCGCCCCGUUCUUCCUCAUGGCUGCUUUCAACGCGGGUCUGCUGGUUGCGGUGGUGGUCGUGGGCGGUAUUAGGGUUGCGAGACAGCGGCGGCGGAAGGGGAGCGACGAUUGGGAGCGUACUCAUCGUGACUAG